AUGGAAGAACUAACAAACCAUUGCAAUGGUUUAUCACUCUCGGAUAGAGAAGGGCCAACUUUUGAUCCUGAGGAUGAAAUGGCCACACCAGAAUUCAUCAUUGUAGCAAAAUUCUUCACAAGACGAGCGCUGAAUAUGGAAGCAAUAGCUUCGACCUUUAAGCCUUUGUGGAGAUCAAAAAACGGUUUCAAAGUCAAGAAUUUGGGUAAUCACAUUGUCCUUUUUAUUUUUGAUAGUAAACUUGAAGUUAAUACUAUUCUCGACAAUGAGCCUUGGAGUUUUGACAAACACCUCAUGGUGUUGCAACGCUAUGACAAGGACACGCCAAUUGAAGAAUUACAGUUCAAUUGCACUACUUUCUGGGUGCAAGUACAUGACAUUCCUGUGAGGUUCAUGAACCAAAAGGUGGCAGAAGGAAUUUACAGUAACGUUGGAACGGUCAUCAAGAAGUUUGAAAUAAAGGGGGAGGGUGGCAGAUUCGUAUGA